UUUUUAGACAAUUUUUUUCAUUUUUUAAGUUCUUUUUUGAUGUUUUAUUUACCUAUUUCUUUGUUUUAGGAUCAACAUGAAACGUGCAACACGACAACAAAAGAAAGUGACAGAAAGCAAAAAUGAGGAUAAGAAUUCCAAAGUUGGAAUAAAGAAAACACCAACUUUCAAGUAUGAAAGAGGCAACACAUCAAAAGAUUCUGACGACCAAAAAGUAAACGCAUCAGAAAGUCUGUAUGCAAAGCAGAAGAGAGUGACAGAAAGCAAAAUUGAUGAAAAAAAUUCCAAAGUUGGAAAAAAGGAGACACAAAAUUCCAAGAAUGGAAGAAGCAACACGUCACAAGGUUCUGACCACCAAAAAGUAAAUGCGUUAAAAAAUCUGUCUGCAAAGCAGAAAAAAGUGACUGAAAGCAAAAAGGAUGAGAAAAAUUCCAAAUUUGGAACAAAGGAGACACAAAAUUCCAAGAAUGGAGGAGGCAACAUAUCUAAAGGCUCUGACUUCAAAAAAGUAAACGCGUUAAAAAAUCUGUCUGCAAAGCAGGUAAGAAUCCAAAUCUACCAUUAA